GAAUGUUGAACCCAUGAUGGUUUCGGGUUUCACGUUCGAUGAUGUUGUGAUGGAGAAUGUGAUGAAUCCGAUUAUUAUCGAUCAGGAGUAUUGUCCCUAUGCUUCUUGUGUGGAAUCGGAGCCAUCUAGAGUUCAGAUCAAGGGUAUUAAGUUCAACAACAUAAGAGGAACAUCAUCCUCUGCAGAGGUAAUCAAGUUGAGGUGCAGCAAGACUCAUCCAUGUGAAGGAUUGGAGCUCAAGAACAUCCAACUUCAGUAUAUUGGCAAUGACAAAGCAUUGAAGGAGACCGCUACUUGUGAGAAUGUUAAAGUGGUCUCAAGCAAUGUCAAGCCUGUCUCUUGCUAAAUAAAUAACUCCAUGUUCAAGUAUGAAGGAUGCCUAAGUUUAAGGAGUCCUUAAUUAUUUACUAUUGUGAUUAUGUUUGAUGUCUGACUUUGUAACAAAUUAUUGUAAAUUUAUUUGAUUUAAUAAAAAAAAGUACAAUGAAAUAAUUCUUCACAUGAAGGUUUAAAUAUUA